AUGGUUGGAUUUAAUUUAUUGUUAUCAGUUUUGACAUUUUUACUGUCAUCUUCUUUGGGUUAUGAAGUAUCGAUAGAUACAAUCUUAGACGGCUCAGUACCUGCUGGCGAAGCUGUCACUGUCGACUCAGGGUCUUACUUAGGUUUAAUCCAUGGUUCUACCCAAACAUUUUCUAGUGAUUUAACAGUCAAUGGUGGAUUAUAUAUUACUGAUACAAAUACUGCUGACGCUGGUAUGACGUUAACCACAGACGGUAACUUAGUAAAUACCGGUAUAAUUGUAGUCGAUAAUAGAAACGCAUCAAGUGGUAUGACUGCAAACAUAGGUGGCUCAACAUUCGAGAAUGAUGGGCAAAUAUUUUUCGCUGGUUCAUCUCAAGGUAGUCCCAAUGAUUUCACAAUUAAUCCAAGUGACUCGAUAAUUAAUAGAGGCACUAUUCAAUUUAGUCAAGAUUCAAUGGGCUCAAAUUCAGCUACAUUACAAUCAAACUCUAUCGUUAACGAUGGUACUAUAUGCUUAACGAAUAUGGACUCAACUAUUCAAUCUGAUACCAGUGGUAGUGGUUGUUUUGAUAUUGGAGAAAAUUCUAUAUAUGCCAUUCAAGGGAAAGAUACAGCUAUCGCUACAAAUCAAACAUUUUAUUUAUCCUCUACAACUUCAACACUCUACUCUGAAGGUAACUCUUUGACUGAUAAUAUAAUAGUUAGAGGAUUUGGUAAUGGUAAUACACUUACUUUUAGAACCUCCAUUGUUUCUACUUCAUACGAUGAUACCACAGGUAUUCUAACGGUAAACCUUUUCCCAUUAAUUACUCAUAAAUAUGAUAUUGGAUUAGGUUAUGAUUCAUCUAAAUUUGAAAUAGAAAGUGUAAGUAAUGACAUUGCAGCUGAUCUUAUUAACAAUGGUCUUUAUUAUAGAGGUGCACCACCGACAAGUUCGAGACCUGUUCAAUGUGCAGCAUGUCAGCCAAUUCCUUGGAUCCCUGCAUUAGAAAUUCCAGAUCCAUACACCACAACCGUAGUUAGUGAACUUUCAACUUUAUCAGAGGUAGUCUCAUUCUUUGCAUCUACUUCUGACGGUAUUCCAGUUGUGGCUUCAACAAUAUCUAUUAUCCCUCCACCAAUAACGGCCUCUAGCUCAAACUCGGAGACCAAGACUGAACGAAGUACUACAGUCGUCCCCACCUCAAGCUCGUCGUCGCCUAUUAUUACGACUGAAGCAGUAUCAUCAUUAUUGUCCAAAUCUGAUGGAGAUAACAAUAGUAAAACAAUUGAGAGUUGUGUCAUCACAGAAACAAAAACAGCAUAUAAUAGUACCGUAGACCACACCACUUAUCUAUAUAUUACAGGAACAGACUCCGAGACAAUAACUCUAUCUAGUGUAGUAACGACGCGUUACGUCACCAAAGGAGCGCCUCUUAGUUCAGCUUAG